GGGGCCAAUGGUAAUUUUAAGCUCAAGAAGCAGAGGCUGUUUUUUUGCCACUAAAGCAGGCUUACUCAAGCCUAUUCUUAUGAUACCAAUGGAUACAAAACCCAUGUCCUAGGCUGUCUGGCCAUAUUAGCACAUAAACUCUUUUAACUGCAUUUAAGAAUUGAAGUUGUAAGCUUGGCUUGUCUAGACAGUUUUUAUUAUCACUGUUUUACCUGAAAUUUCACAAGAUAUGAAAACUUUUUCACCUUUUUAAACCCCCAAGAAACCCAUUGGUACUUGUUUUGAGCAUUGUACAUUUCCAACUCUAAUCUUCCCGAAUGUUUGCAUUGUAUUGGAUAAGGAUUGGAAUUUUCAGGAAGGUGUUUACAAACAUUGAAGUGUGAGACAGGGAAUUCCACAAGCAGUGUAUUUAACUUAAAGUUGCUUUGCAGCAUUUGCUGAACUUUAAUGGCUCAAGUAUGUUGACCAUAUAUUUGCAAAUGAACCUCUCCGCAGAAAAGAAAACUCUUGACAAUGCAGUUUAUUAUUGCCUGUGAUUCUGAACACAAAAAAUUGUUACCUUCAAGCGCUCUGUGUUUAUUUCUUGCAGUGAUGAUGGUACCUGCAAGCAUGCAAUUGCUGUACUUUUUGCAUUGUGGGACUACAUCGAAAGAAACACUGACAAGGGGACAGCUGUUGGCACAGAUGAGCCUUGCUCAUGGACGAAACCUCAAAGAGCCCCAGGCCAGUGAGAGUAGAGGACUCAAGUGAGCUGGACUUCCAUGCAGAAAAACAGACUCUCAGAAAACCUGGCCCACUUCCUGAGAAUUACAAGCCACUGGGUAAUGUAUCCAGAGCAUGGAUUGAGAACGUUCAGGGGCACUUGAAAAAGGUUUGUGCAGAAACCAGCCCAGAUGCAUUUUACCUGAAAGUGAAUGUUGAGCCACCAUUUAUGCCAUUUAUGGGUGCCUCACCAGAUGGUGUUGCAAGCUGUUCCUGCCAUGGAAAGAAGCUUGUUGAGAUCAAGUGUUCAUAUAAGCAUAGAGGCAUUCCUGUGAAAGAUAUUCCAACACAGGACCCAUCCUACCACUUGGAGACUGUACAUGGACAGCUGCAGCUGAAAAAGUCUUCUGGUUGGUACAGCCAAAUACAAUAUCAGUUAGGUGUGACCCGCAUGAACCAGUGUGACUUAGUGGUAUAUACUCUUAAAGGAAUAACAUCCAUCCCUGUAAUGUUUGUGGGAACUCUUGAAAAAGAGAGAAGAGCUUGUGUUCACUCAUGUUUUUACAUGCAGUGAAGAAUAAAGUAUAUACAUGUAUGUUACAAGCAGAAUUCCAGGCUUGGCAUCAGCAUUUCAGGCCAGUAAUUGCAUGGUUUUGUUUUCUUCAUUUUAUUUUGAGUCCAUCAUGACUGAAACUCUUUAUGAAAGGACCCGAGUACAUGCUUAUUUGUAUGAUAAAACUAAAAGGUUUGUGGCUUGACUGGAAAACAGAGAGCAGAAGUGCAUAAAUAUUUCUUGAACAUCAAUGUGUAUUCUUAACUUACUAUAGUAUAAAUCAAUAUGUAAACAAAGAAAUGACCUGUGUGAGAAGCCAUUGUUUUAUUAUUUCAUAUUUUUCAUGAAUUUCUGUGGGAAACAUGAAUAAAUCUGUACAACCCUAUACUUGGGUUUAAACCUUGGAA